UGGCAAUGUCCCUCAGUAAAGACCUUCUCUUUUUGAUCCGACAGUUUUGUCAUGAAGAAAAACUCCAGAAAACUGCUCACAUGCUGGAGCAGGAGACUGGUUUUUUCUUUGAUAUGAAUUAUCUAGAAGAGCUGGUGAUAAAUGGUAAAUGGGAUGAAGCAGAGACAUAUAUAUCAGGUUUCACUGCAGUCGAAGAUAACCAGUAUUCAGUAAAGAUGUAUUUUGAAAUUAGAAAGCAGAAGUUCUUUGAGGCGCUGGAUAAGGAUGACGUAGCCCUGGCUGUAGACAUCCUCUUGAAAGAUCUGAAAAUCUUCGCCCCAUCAAAUGCAGAGUUGUACAAGGAAAUGACUUUGCUGCUGACGAUGGAUGACUUCAGGAACCAUCACUCCCUUUCCUCAUAUGGGGAUGCCAUCUCUGCUAGAAGGCAAAUAAUGGAUGAAAUUAGACUUCUUGUUGAAGCAAAUCCCCAUUUUCACAGAAAGCUAGAGAGUCCCCAAAUUGAGAAUUCAAGACUUCGCCGCCUAAUCAACCAGAGCUUGAACUGGCAGCAUAUACAAUGUACGUAUCCUCAGUCAGAACCUCAAAUUCAAACCCUCUUUUUUGACCAUAAGUGUUCUGGUGAACCCAAGGGGCAAAACCCAUUGCCCUCUCAAGCGCUGUCAGCAUCACUAACAACAUUAUCUGGAAAGUCCAUUGUUUGCCCAUCUGAAUCUAGAAUAUAUGUGGGAACUCACAGCCUUGGACAUCAUACAAACCCAGUGACAAUGGAAGGUGUUAAAGGUUCUGGUAAUGCAUCCCAAAUAAGUCGCAGCACGUUGCUACAUAAGAUGGUGCCACAGAGAAGUAUUCCCAUGCAAAGGCAACAUUUAAAAUUUAGGCUUCCUGCUGACUUCCCCAAUACUGUUGAGCGUUGCAUGAACAUGAAUUCCUCCCCAAGCAGCAUGGACUUUCAUCCUGCUAAAGAUUCUACUCUAUUAGUUGGAAAUUGUAUUGGGGAUGUGGAAGUGUGGGAUAUCUCUUCUGAAGUAAAGUUGUUUGGAAAUGCGUUUAUGAUUUGGAACAGAGAGGCCAUCUCAAUGUUGUUACUGAAUGAUCUAGAUAAAGAUCCACAUAUGUCAGUUAAUCGUGUAUUAUGGAGCCCAGAUGGAUCAGUCUUUGGUGUUGCGUACUCCAAAAACAUCGUGCAGUUGUAUUCCUAUCAUGUUAAUGCUAAUUACGCUGAGAAACAACUGGAGAUUGAUGCUCAUGUGGGUGCUGUAAAUGAUCUCGCAUUCUCUUUGCCUCAUCAUCAACUUCUUGUCAUAACCUGUGGGGAUGACAUGUCCAUUCGGGUAUGGGAUACUAAGAGUGGAUCCAAACACUAUACAUUUGAAGGCCAUAGUGCUCCGGUUUACUCAAUAUGCCCCCAUGUCAAAGAGGAUAUCCAUCUCCUACUUUCCACAUCAACAAAUGGUGAGAUUAAAGCAUGGUUAUUUGAAAAUAUGGGAGCAAGAGUAGCAUAUGAUGCACCUGGUAAUUCUUGCAUGAGAAUGGCUUAUGGUGCUGAUGGUAAAAGGCUCUUUUCAUGUGGGACAAAUAAGGAUGGAGAAUCAUUCAUGGUAGAAUGGAACGAGACUGAAGGUUAUAUAACUAGGUUCUACCAUGGACUCAGCAAACCUUCGGCCGGUGUAGUCCAAUUCAGCACAAGCAGAAACCAGUUUUUGGUGGCAGGUGAUGAACACCUAAUCAAAGUUUGGGACAUGGACAAUGCUCAAGUUUUAAACGUUGUCGAUGCAGAUGGAGGGUUACCAGAAACCCCUUAUGUUUGCUUCAACAAGCAAGGCAGUCUCCUGGCCACUUUUGCUGACGAAAAUAAGAUCAAAAUCUUGGCAAAUGAUGUUGGCUGUCAAUUGCUCCAGAAAUCAAAGUUUAAAUCUUUUGAUUCUACUGGGUAUCUAUCUGAAUCAUUGCAAAAGCUCGGCAUUGGGCCCAGUCCAACUUCUCCAGGAGUUACAGUUCAGGAUAAAAGCGUCCCAAUGGAAGCAAAAAUGAAACCUCAAGUACCUUUGGAGCUGAGUAAGGCCCUGAACAGUCAAAAAUGUUCAAAAAUUCUUCAAGUUUCAUUCUGCAAAUCCUUGAGGCUUCCUUCUGAAGUCAAGACAAACAAGAUAUGCAGGUUAGCAUAUACAAAUGCAUGUAAUGGAAUAUUGGCUUUAGCAGCAGAUGGCAUUCAUCUUCUCUGGAGAUGGUUGGAAAAUGAAUUUAACUUCUUCCAGGCAACCACAAAUCAUGCCCCUCAAUCAUUGCAACCAAGGAAAGCAUUCCUAAUGAUCAAUGACCUUGCUGACAAUAACUUUGAAUCGAUAUCACCCUGCUUUGCAUUAUCCAAGAAUGACUCUUAUCUCCUAUCAGCAUCAGGAAAAAUGGUGUCUUUGUUCAACACAAUGACAUUUAAGAGAAUGAGAAGUUGCCUGCGGUCUCCACCUGCGGCUUCCUGUAUGGCUUUCUAUCCGCCAGAUAACAACAUAGCAGCUAUUGGCAUGGAUGAUUCAACCAUAGUGAUCUACAAUUUGCGUCGGAAUGAGGCCAUAAACAAGCUUAAUGGACACUCUAAAAGGAUUACUGGGUUAGCCUUCUCCACUACAUUGAAAGUACUGGUCUCUUCUGGAGUAGAUACCCAGAUCAUUGUAUGGGAUUUUAAUACAUGGGAGAAAAAACAAAGCACAUCACUGCAGAUUUCUAAUGGGUGGUCGCCAUCAAAAACUUCAGAGACUGCUGUCCAAUUUCACCAGGAUCAAAAACACUUUCUUGCUGUCCAUGAGACACAACUUGCAAUCUACGAAACAACAAGUCUGCGACGUGUGAACCAGUGGAUGAUUGGUGAUUUUUGUGCACGGAUUUCAUAUGCAACACUGUCAUGUGAUGACCAGCUUGUAUAUGUGGUCAUGAGAGAUGGAAUUGUUAUGAUACUGGCAGCUUCCGACCUCAGUCCAAGAUUUGAGCUUGAUCCCUCUGUUUACCUUCCACCUACGCUCAGUUGUUGUGUGCAUCCAACUGUUGUUGCCGCUCAUCCACAAAAGCCAAACCAAUUUGCACUGGGACUAACAGAUGGUGGAGUUGUCGUCAUUGACCCUCCUGAACCUAAAAGGACAUGGACUUCAUUCAGUUGACAAUGUAUCUGCAAAUUAGUAAUAGAAUGAUCAUAGGUUGGAUCCAGUGGAUACUUUUAAACGAUGUUUUUUUUCAGAAGUUUUGAUGUUUGCGGGAACUCCAAUUAUGUAGCUCAAUAUUAAGUGAUAGUAGAUACCUAUUUGGCUG